UUCAUUGUUUCCGGUCGAUCAGUCGGACCGAGCUGCAGUUUCAUACACCAAAAUGGCGUCGCGGGAUGAAUCGGUGAGGGAAUUUGUUGCAGUGACCGGUGUUGAGGAAGAAAGAGCCCGGUUUUUCCUCGAGUCAGCUGGUUGGGAUUUACAGCUUGCCCUUGCUAGUUUCUUUGAGGAUGGAGCAGAUGAUGAUAUUAUUACCAUUCCUCAGCCAGAAAGUGGUCCGGGCCCUCGAUCUACAGCAUCAAGUGAACACCGAGUAACUUCCUUCAGAGACUUGCAUGAAGAUGAAGAGGACAGUGAAGAAGAAGGCCAAAGGUUCUUUGCUGGUGGUUCAGAGCGAAGUGGUCAGCAAAUCGUUGGUCCACCCAAGAAAAAGAGCACAAAUGAGGUGGUUGAGGACUUGUUUAAGGGUGCUAAGGAGCAUGGUGCUGUUCCAGUCGAAAAAGCAGGCAAAGGAUCUGGGGAAUCUAGCAAGGCUAAGGCGUUUGUAGGAGGUGGUUAUCGUCUGGGUGCAGCACCAGAAGAAGAGUCUGCCUAUGUGACUGGAGAGAGGAGAUCCGCUAGCAGCACACAAGAUGUACAUGUGGUGCUGAAGCUGUGGAAAACAGGAUUCAGCCUUGAUGGCGGAGAGCUCAGAAACUACAGCGAUCCUGGAAAUGCCCUCUUCCUGGAGUCCAUCCGCAGGGGGGAGAUUCCUCUGGAGCUGAGGCAGCGCUCUCGUGGUGGGCAGGUGAAUCUGGAUAUGGAGGACCAUCGGGAUGAAGACUUUACCAAACCCAAGCCUACAUUCAAGGCUUUUGCUGGGGAAGGACAGAAACUAGGGAGUGCCACUCCUGAGUUGGUAUCUGUCCCAAGAAUGGAACGAGCACAUCAAAUUGCGAGCGAGGCCCAGGCCUGUGCAUCUGUCGGUGUGGACGAGUCGCAGCCCAUCACCAACAUCCAGAUUAGACUGGCUGAUGGAGGACGACUGGUUCAGAAGUUUAACCACACCCACAGGGUCUCGGACAUACGCCAGUUUGUGGUGAAUGCUCGGCCAGCGAUGGCUGCAGCGGAGUUUGUCCUCAUGACGACUUUCCCGAACAAGGAGCUGACAGAUGAGAAUCAGACACUGAAGGAGGCCAACCUGCUGAACGCAGUCAUUGUGCAGCAGCUAAAGUGAUAGUGCCUUCUAGUGGCUAUGUUUUAUCACAGCACUCUGUGUUUCCUACUCAACAGGGCACACAUGGACUUGGACAUUAUUAUUUUUUUCUUUAGUGACAUUUUUCUUCUUUUGCAGUUAUGUGACGGUGUGUAACUUUUGGAUAUGACAUAAAGAAGCUGGGGGGAAAUAAAAAAAGAAAUAAUUA